AUGGAGAGCCUGGGAAACCCUCCGGUCUCUUCGUACUUCGGGGACAGUUACUGCGUCCUGAAGCCGUUCCAGGACCUGUCCACGUUCGAGGUGUCCGUGACCAUGAAGACCAGCAGGAGGAGCGGGCUGCUGCUGCUGGCUGCUGGUACCGAGGACUAUCUGUUCCUGGAGCUGCACAACGGCAACGUCCAGGCCCGGAUGAACUUGGGCUCGGGGGAGGUCACGCUGACUUCUUCUUCGGGUGUUCAGCUCAACAACCUCCUGGACCACAAAGUCUCCCUGACGCUGACCGAAGACACGCUCACCAUGACCAUCGACGACAGCUUCUCCACCUAUGUCCCGGUGUCCGACGACGGCGAAGAACUCAACAUCGACGUUGGCGUUUUUCUCGGAGGCACCGGGAACCUAGAGGCGUCCUACCUCAGAAACGCCAUCCCUCCUUUCCGCGGCUGCAUGACCGACGUGAAGUUCGAGUCGCACGAGUUCGACAUCCUCAACAACGCGUUCAAAGACUGCCACGACACCAAGGAGUCCUGCAGUAGCGAGUUCGAAGCAGUAGAUGGCGAGACCACCAGUUUUAGCACGCCACAAUCUUUCAUAUCGUUCCCGACUUGGAGCAAAACGACCGGAGGAGCGAGGAGUUUGGAGUUUCUGAUGAAAACCACCAUCGAAGACGCAUUGCUAGUGUUCCACCCCGGCUUAGACAACAACUUCAUCGCAGUCGGGGUCAUGGGCGGGUUUCUGACAGGCGUGGUAGACUUCGGCAACGGCAUGAAAGUCGUGGUGAAUACACAUGUACAAGUUGAGGAUGACCAAUGGCACAGGGUUAGAAUUGAAAUUAAGGAAAACUCAUUUGAGGUUCACGUGGACAGCCAAGUCGUCGCCCUUACAAUAGAUUCCUCCCAAAAGCUGGAUUUGGUUGGUAAUCUUUAUCUGGGAGGAAUCCAAGAGAAAAUGAAAGAAGUGUUUCGUGAGAGUGGAUCCUUGAGCCGGGCUGAGGAAGAGAUGACUGUUGAAUCAUUCAUCGGUUGCCUGGGGGAAGUUAAAGUCAACAACAAGGACAGAAACCUGCAAGACGCAAUCGUGACCAAAGACAUCCAUGUGAAAUGCGAAGGAGAGGACUACGACUACUCAAAUUAUUACGAGGACACGGCCACGACCGCCCCACCGGUUAUUACUGCCUACGACCAAAUCGACACCGAGCAGCAUUGUUUCCCCAACGAAGACACUCCGGAAAUUUUCAGAAAUGUCACGAAACUGUUGGACGUGAGCCAGCUUCUUGUGCCCGAAGGCGGGGAGGUUGUGAUCGCGUUGCAAAACCUACUCCCUACGUUUGACCUGGGCGCAGCUGGGUUGACGAAAUCCCAAAUCCUAGUCACGCUGAAGAAUGACCCAUUUUACGGCCUGGUCGAUAUCAACACCAGCAACAAGCGCUUUCUCAAGUUCACCCUUCAAGAUCUGGUUGAUAAGCACAUAAAGUACAUGCACGACGGCAACGAGAGGCACCCAGAUCAAAUUCAAUUCGAAGUAGUUGCGCAAGGGAUUGACAACUUGCCGGAGUGUCUAAAAUCUCCCCAAAGUUACGUUCUACCAGUGGAAAUAAUCCCAGUUAAUGAUAUCCCACAACUUGGUGGAGGCGAAAUUACUAUUACGGAAAGGGGAAGGACACGUCUGAGCCCGAGUCUUAUCAAAAUUGUGGAUACGGACACUCGUUGCAACGGGCUCUUGGUAACCGUGACUUCGGAGCCUCCGUUAGAAGUUGGUUAUCUUGAGAAUGACAAACAGCCUGGAAACCCCAUCACAGAGUUCACCUGCAGAGACUUGAAAGACGGAAAUAUCUACUUUGUGCACCGGGGCGGAGAAAGCGCCUUCGAUAUGACGUUAGAAGUCUCCGAUGGCCAGUCUGAAAGCCACUCCACUACCUUCAACCUCGUCGCUAUCAAGCCACACAUGACGAUCGUGACAAACACCGGGAUUUACUUGACGCAAGGAAGCAACGCAACUAUUGGAAUCGAAAACUUGGCGAUUCUUUCCAAUCCUCGGAACGGAGAUAUCCUGUUCAACGUCACCCAGCCGUUGGUUUACGGUGAACUGCAGGUGAUGACUGAGUACGGUGUGUACGAGCAAGUUUCCAGUUUCCGUCAAUCCGACCUCGAACAAGAACGGGUUAAAUACUUCAGCACAGACUCAACCGAUCAAGAAGAUGAUGUUGUGGAAAUGAUUGAAUUCAAUGCUCAUUUGGGACAUUACAGCCUUUGGAAUAAUACUUUUAUGGUUAACAUUGCACCAGCUCAAGUUAAGGUUGCCAAAAUAGUCCCACUUGACGUCUUCGGAGGAGAGGUUAAGAUCAUCAAGCAAACUCAACUCAACGCUGAGGUAAUCGGACAAAAUGCAGAUCCAGAAAUUUUACAAUAUGUCCUGGUGACACCUCCGAUGCUUGGCGUGCUGCAGUUGCUGGACACGCAGUUAGGAGAAGGAGAUGUUUUCACUCAACAAGACAUUCUGGACAAUACUCUAAGCUACAAAGUGCGUGUGCAAAGAGCCGUGGACACUGUGGACUCCUUUCAAUUCAGAGUUGCGUCUCAAGAUCGAUUUUCGCCCUUGUAUACGUAUCCCAUCAACAUCAUCGCAACAGCCGACGCUCCGGUUUUGAUCAAUGAAAUGUUGACUGUGCUUCAGGGCGGCGAAGAAACUUUAAACAAAAAUCAUCUCUGGGUGCAGGGGUCAGAAGCGGGGGAUUUCGUGUAUCAAAUUACCCAGGGCCCAAAGUACGGACGCAUUGUAAGGGACUCACCUCCGGGAAUGCCAAAGUUCGAAGGCGCAAUCCGUAUUUUCAGCAAUGAGGACUUGGAGCUUGACCGGUUGCUGUACAAACACGACGGAUCCAAAACGACUAGCGACGAGUUUCAAUUCUCUGCGUUUGACCAGGAAGCGCAAGCCUCCUACGACCACGAAACAAUCAAGGGCGUCUUUAAGAUCACGAUCCUGACCAAAAACGAGCACGUCCCAGUCAGAGUCGUCGAUGAAGUUUUGAACGUGGUACGGCAAGGUCAGCGCCUUCUCACCACGGACGUAAUCCAAUUCAAGGAUGAAGAUUCUGGGUUUAACGACUCCCAGAUUGUCUACGCUCGCGAAGGAAUCUUAUCUGGCAACAUCGUCUCGUCCAUCAACCCGGCGCAACCUCUUUUCCGGUUCACGCAAGCAGAUCUACGAGACAAAAAGGUUUUAUUCAUCCAUCACGGAGCAGAUCAAGAGCGAUUCUCUUUGCAAGUUUCCGACGGUUUUCACAAGACCACAGCUUUAAUCCAGAUACAGGCAGGAGACCCGUACCUCCGAAUUAUCAACAAUACCAUGAUAGUCAUUGAUCACGGAGCAACCAAAACCCUCAACACUACACUCCUAAGCGCUGAGACCAAUCUAGACAUUACGGACGAUAGCGAGAUCACGUUUAGGAUUAUCGCAGCCCCGGAGGAUGGAAGGAUUAUCGUGAGCGGGAUCGAGGCCUCGGAGUUCACGCAGGAAGACUUAAAGAAAGGCGUCGUUUCGUAUGAACACAACUACGAAAGUCUGAAGUCCAAAGAUUCCUUCAGCUUUGAGGUCCAAGCGGAGGAGCGGUCGGAAGAAGGCACUUUCAAAAUUAAGAUUUUCAAGCAAGGAGACAGGUCGGAGCCGGAGGUGAUCAACAACGAAGUGAUUGUUUCCUACGAAGGGGAGCACACAGUCAUCACCCAAGAUCAUCUCAAGGUGGAGCAGGCGGACAUCCUUCCCUCAGAGAUGGCGUUCACGGUGAAGGUUCCUCCGGGUCUGGGACACGUGGUUAAAAUGUCCAACGGUUCAGACGAGUCUCCGCAGCUGGACUACAUCCAGACCUUCACCCAGGACCAGAUCGACCGGGGACUCAUCCUCUACGUGUCUGCGAACAUCCAGGGAGAGGACGUGUUCACGGUGGACGUCAGUAACGGUUUCACGGCGGUGGAGGAUCUGCAGGUCUUCGUGAACAUCGUGCCCAGACUGAUCCCGGUCCAGACCCAGAACCUCACGGUGAAGGAGGGUCAGAGCCGCAUCAUCGACGGCGCCGUGGUCAACGUCUCCCACGCCUUCUACGCUCUGGCCAGCCUGGACUUCGUGGUGGAAGACCCGCCUCAGCACGGAGAGCUGCGCUCCAUGAACGGGGACGAGGUCCCCUACUUCACCUGGAGCGAGCUGAAGAAUGGGCAGGUGUACUACAUGCACGACAGCAGUGAGAACUUUGAGGACUCGUUCACUCUGUCGGCGUCUGCGUACGAGAUCGAGAGGCGGAGUCUGCCCUUCACCAUCGCCGUCACCGUGAUCCCGGUGAACGACGAACCCCCACGGCUCACGCGCAACACCGGCCUGGAGGUUUUGGCGGGAGAAGAGGCCGACAUCACCGCUAACAUGCUGCAGACGCUGGACGACGACACGGACGCAGUGCAGCUGGUCUACCAUGUGGAGGCGCCAACGAGCGGCAUGGUGGCCCUCAAGGAGGCUCCGGAGGUCCCGGUCAUGAACUUCACCCAGGCCCAGGUGGACGGAGGGGAGGUGGUCUUCAUCCAUGAGGGAGAAGAGUCCGGAGGCUUCGGCUUCACCGUGACGGACGGCGAGCACACGUCUCCCCUGCACCAGUUCGUGGUCACGGCUCGCCCCCUCACCAUCACCAUGGUGACGCAGGAGGAGCUCAUGGUGUUUCCUGGGACUCGUCAGACCAUCACCAGCUCCAACCUGGGAGCAGAGACCAGCGACGACGGGAACGAGAUCGGCUUCUCGCUGAUCCGGCCUCCGAGACUCGGGCGCCUCAUCAUCGCACGAGGAGAAAACCGCUUCGACGAGAUCACACGCUUCUCCCAGACGCAGCUGGAGUCUGGAUCCGUGUUUUACGAGCACCAGCUUCCAGAGGAACCUUUUUGGGUCACGAGAGACUCCGUAGAGCUGAUCGUUUCCUCGCAGCCUGCACCCGACGUCCGCCACAUCCUGCCCAUCACCAUCUCCUACUACGCCGCUCACAGCAACAUCUCCUCACAGCUGUGGAAGAACAGAGGUUUGGACAUCGUGCAGGGUCAGAGAAAAGCCAUUGACCAAUCUAUUCUUGACGCUUCCAAUCUCCUGGCGAGUCUCCCGGAAACAACGCGCGCUGAUGCCGACGUAGUUUAUGAAAUCAGGCGCUUCCCUUCCCGCGGACGCCUCACUCUCGGAGGUCAUGACUUGCCUCGGGAAUCUCCUUACUUCAUGCAAGAAGACGUCAACAAUGGAGCCUUAGAGUACCUUCACGAUGACUCCGGUGCUGCUUCGGACAGCUUUGCCUUCAGAGCGAGGCUAAGGACUUCGAGCCAAGGUUCUGCCACCCCAGCUGAGUCUGUGGUCCUGGAAGAGGUCUUCAACAUACCGAUCAGGCGAAGGGGUUCAGAUCCUCCAGAACUGGUCACUUCUGAUAUGCUCCUGGAAGUCCUGCAAGACUCCAUGACCAUUUUGAGCCAGAAACAUCUCAACACUCAAGAUGAAGACAGUCCGCCUGAUGAGGUGCACUUCAAGGUCACCAAAGCGCCAAGAAACGGAAGACUUUUGGACUUGCUACGAAUGGAUGUCGCUUCUGAUUUCACACAAGACAUGGUCAACCGUGGACAGAUCGGUUUCCAAAGUGAUGGCAGUCUAAAAGAAGGGUUUUUUGAGUUUUAUGUCACGGACGGAGAGCACAAAACCGAGUCGUACACGCUUCAUAUCGGCGUCCUUGCUCACACUUUAGUCCUCAGCAAAGCUCCCGAAAUCAAAGUGAAACAAGGCGACGACGAGACGCUGAUAACUGAAGAGAUGUUGAAAGCUACCACAGGAGGACCACUCAAAGAGGACGUCCUGUAUAAGAUUAUGAAUGUCCCGAAAUACGCAGCCGUCAUGGUGGACCGCCAGCCAACUUCCGCUUUCACUCAAGAGCAAAUCCGCCAAGGCCGAGUUAGCGUCCGCUUUGUGAAGUCUACAUCUCCGCGAGACAGCGUAGCUUUCGUGGCUCGAAGCAGGGCGGCCAAUGUAUCGUCCGUGCUUAACAUUACAGUUCAACCGCUUGCUAACAUCGCAGAGAACCCCAUGCUACCUCAAGGCGCAAAGGUGCGGGUGGACCGUAAGCUUUUGGACGCAACCCCUUUGGCGAACAAGACGAGAACAUCGCCAACAUUUACCGUCAUACAACAACCGAAAGGAGCGAGAUUCGUCAUUGCUGAUGGUCCGUCGGCAGGGCAGACCGUGGACUCAUUUAGCCAAAAGGAACUGGACGAUGGACGCGUAGCUAUGGAAAUCAAACCGCCACGUCCCGGAUCUAAAUCAGGCGUACAUCAAGAUGAAGCUAGGUUCUUGCUCAAAGCUCAUGGCGUUCCACCUGCCGAAUGCGCUUUAUCUUUCCAAACCAGCCCUUACAAUGGGUCAGGGGUGUAUCCAGUCACUCUGUUGAGGGUCCCGCCUGGUUUCGAGCUCCCAGUUGGUACCCAAGGCAUCCCACGCAUGGGUGACUGGCCGACCACCACGCCACCCGGAACGCAUCGGAAGCCAGUGGUGUCCAGACGAAGCAACGUGUGGUCCAUCCUAAUCCCAAUCCUCGUCAUUCUUCUGCUGCUUCUGCUGGCGGCGAUCCUUGCUUACUACGUGAUCCGCAAGAAUAAAACGGGAAAACAUAAUGUCCAGUUGGCGUCUUCCAAGCCUAAAAACGGAGAAGUCGCCGGAACCGAGACUUUUCGUAAGACCGACGCCGCCAAUAACAUCCCGAUGACAACGGUGGGGGGCAAAGACGCAGAUCCAGAGUUGUUGCAGCACUGUCGAACAUCGAGCCCCGGCAAGAAUCAGUACUGGGUAUAG